AUGGGCACAGGUAAUUCUCGUUCAAAUUCUCGUUUUUAUUUAACAACCCAAGACAUCAUUAAUGAAUGCGGUCUAGGUAAUCAAAUGGCAAAUUUACAUGUUCUUGUCACAGGUGCUACUUCUGGUAUCGGACUUGAAACUGGUCGAGCAUUAGCAUGUGCUGGAGCAAACGUUUAUCUGAUGGGACGAAAUGAAGAAAAACUACAAGGUGUACUUCAAAAUAUCAAUAAUGAAUUACAACAACGACAACAAUCUAUCGGUUACGUGCAAGGUCUCAUUUGUGAUUUGAAUAGUUUAGUCAGUGUUAAACAAUGUGCAGAAAAGUUUAUAAGCGAAAAUAAGCCUUUAAAUGUCUUGAUAUUAAACGCUGGAAUGGUUAAUUUUAGCUAUGCCAGAACAAUCGAUGGAUUGGAACAGUUAAUAGGUGUUAAUCAUAUUGCUCAAGCUUAUUUAACACAAUUAUUAAUGCCUACUCUAAUAGCGAAUGCUCCUUCACGAAUAGUGAUUGUAUCAUCACUAUUCCAUGUUGAUUCACCGUUAAAUUAUCAAGCAUUGGACCAUAUCAAUAGCACUAAAACUGAUGCAAAAAAUAGUUGGAGUGUAAAGAGUAGUUAUCAACAAAGUAAACUAGCGAAUGUAUUAUUUGCUCGUGCCAUUGCAUCUCGAUAUAAAGACAAACAAAUUACCGCUUAUUCUCUUCACCCAGGUGUUAUUGAUACAAAUUUAGACGCAAAAAUACCCUUCUCUAGUCUUUUUAAAAUAUUUUACAAGAAAAAAACCGUAGAUCAAGGAGCAGCUACUACUGUGUACUGUGCAUUAAAGCCUGGCUUAGAAAAUGAAACUGGACGGUAUUUUGAUGAUUCGACUGUUACAAAUAUCGCAGAUAAAUGGACCGAUGACGAUUUAGAUACAUUCUGGGAAUGGACGGAGAAAGUUAUUCAAGAACGAACAGCUAAUUUAUAA